GAUCCAGGAGCUGCUUGUUUGUGUACGGUUUACAUGUUUUUUCCUGAAGCUGAAUUCAGAUCAGCAGUAACCCAGGGGGUUUAGCAAAGUGCUAUCUAAAUGUGCUCAAACCCGCCUCCUGUAACUGUAAAGGCAGCCCAAGGAUCUCACAUAGUAAAAUGGCUGAAAAGCAGAAACACGAAGGCAGGGUAAAAAUAGGACACUACAUCCUCGGAGACACACUUGGAGUCGGAACAUUUGGAAAAGUGAAGAUUGGGGAGCACCAGUUAACUGGACAUAAAGUUGCUGUGAAGAUCCUAAAUCGACAGAAGAUCCGCAGUCUCGAUGUUGUGGGGAAAAUCAAACGAGAAAUUCAGAACCUGAAACUCUUCAGACAUCCACACAUUAUCAAGCUGUAUCAGGUUAUCAGCACUCCUACAGAUUUCUUCAUGGUGAUGGAGUACGUGUCUGGCGGGGAACUCUUUGACUAUAUUUGUAAGCAUGGAAGGGUGGAGGACACAGAGGCCAGACGUCUUUUCCAGCAGAUCAUCUCAGCGGUAGAUUACUGCCACAGACACAUGGUGGUGCACAGAGACCUAAAGCCUGAAAAUGUACUGCUGGAUGGCAACAUGAAUACCAAGAUCGCUGACUUUGGUCUGUCAAACAUGAUGUCAGAUGGAGAAUUCCUGAGAACGAGCUGCGGAUCACCAAACUAUGCUGCACCAGAGGUCAUCUCAGGAAGACUGUAUGCUGGUCCAGAGGUGGACAUAUGGAGCUGUGGCGUCAUUCUCUAUGCACUGCUGUGUGGAACUCUGCCAUUCGACGAUGAGCACGUGCCCACCCUCUUCAAAAAGAUCCGUGGAGGGGUCUUCUACAUGCCAGAAUACCUCAACCGUUCAGUGGCCAAUCUGCUUAUGCUCAUGUUACAGGUGGACCCACUGAAGAGAGCUACCAUCAAAGACAUCAGAGAGCAUGAGUGGUUUAAACAGGACCUAACAGGCUACCUCUUCCCCGAGGACCCCUCAUAUGACGCCACCGUCAUAGACGAAGAAGCAGUGCGGGAGGUGUGUGAGAAGUUUGAAUGCACUGAAGCUGAAGUUCUAAGCAGCCUCUACAGUGGCGACCCUCAAGACCAGCUGGCCGUGGCGUACCACCUCAUCAUCGACAACCGGCGAAUCAUGAACCAGGCCAGUGAGUUCUACCUAGCCUCCAGUCCCCCGACCGGAUCCUUUAUGGAGGAGGGCAUGCCCCUGCCACCAGGGGUCAAACCUCACCCCGAGAGGAUGCCCCCGCUCAUGGCCGACAGCCCCAAGGCUCGGUGCCCCCUGGAUGCCCUUAACACCACCCGACCCAAACCACUGGCGGUGAAGAAAGCGAAAUGGCACUUGGGCAUACGGAGCCAGAGCAAACCGUAUGACAUCAUGGCUGAGGUUUAUCGUGCCAUGAAACAGCUGGAGUACGAGUGGAAGGUAGUGAACCCCUAUCACCUGAGGGUACGUAGGAAGAACCCGGUCACAGGAAAUUUUGUGAAGAUGAGCCUGCAGCUAUACCAGGUGGACAAUCGAAGUUACCUGCUCGACUUCAAGAGCAUCGAUGAUGAUGUAAUCGAGCACAAGUCGGGCUCAUCCACACCGCAACGCUGUGGAUCUACUGCCGGUCUCCAUCGCCCACGUCUCAGCAUCGAUUCUGCAACUGUGGCGGUUGAAAUACCCCUGCUCAGCAGCUCUUUGCCGGGAUCACUCACUGGGAGCACACCCAUGCUGGCACCGCGACAGGGCAGCCAAACCAUGGACUUCUUCGAAAUGUGCGCCAGCCUCAUCACAACAUUGGCUCGCUAGGUUUUUUGCCGCUUCACACCCAUACGCAAUGUACACAUCAAGCAAACACCAUUGCCUGGUGGUGUUUACCUCUUAUAAACCAGUCCAAAGGUGAAGGGUUAAGGGGUUAGGAUUUCUAGAGCCGGAUGUACAAUCGUACAGUUUUCAAUAAUGGCACUAUCUCACACAGAAGCCCUAAAUAGUGUUUGAACACCUAAGACCCAAUUAGAAAUGCAUGACUGUCAUUGUGAUGGAUAACAACACAUCAAACCAAGUGUCACCUGCAAACAAAAAAGGAGUUUUUAAAACUAACUUGAUCUUUAUAAGCCAUUUUUGCACACUAAGUAGUCUCAAGGUUAUUUUAAGAACAUUCGAACAAAGUACAAAGAAUUCAAACACUUUGUUUUACACACAUUAAUAAUAAUAUUUCAAUUACGCACACAAGAAAAUAUUGUUUUAUUAUUUGAAACCUUUUUAAUUUUUUGAGUAGGUGUCCAAAUACUUUUUUGGGCCACACUACAAGUUAUUCCCAUCUUCAUUGGGUUGAAACCAAAACAUUUCUGGUUUUAUAUACAUAUUUCUUUUGGUAAUGCUGGUUAUUCAUAUGUAUAAUACAAUAUAUUUAUAUUCUCAUAUCGAUCACUUGAGUUGUAUAGUUGAGUUAAUAACUAUUGAUCUGCAAUGACAUACCAAAAAAAAAGAUUUAUAUAUAAAGAGCAAAGAGGAUCUUUAUUUAAUGAUUUUAGAGAUACUUGUUUAUUUUUCAAAGACAUAGUACCUAUGUGCAUUAUUUUGUGUAGGCAUUCAUUUAUAGAGCGAAGAACUUAUAUUGAGAACCAGUGUCCAUUGAGAAUAUUUACGAAGUAGCAGUGUAAAUACUGUUGGUGAAUGUAUCACAGUGAAUCGAAACGGAUACACACCAUCGCUUCUAUCCGCAGAUGUAAAGUAUGCAGACCUGACCGUGACUUUAAAGUUUUGUCUCCGCCUCAGAGGCCUUGCUUACAUCAUGGACUCUACUGCUGCCAGACAAAAACAAAUAUGCUGGUCAAGGGCAGACAGAUCAGCCAAAGCAUAGACUUUGUGCCUUGACAUGGCUAAAAUCCAAGAGAAGAGAUGAAUGCGGAAAAAAUCCUUGGUUGUGCGACAGUCAGUUGAUAUGAAUGCACCUUCAAUUUUUCAUAGUACAGCCAGAGAGAGAUUUUUAGAACGUUGCCCUCAAGUUGCAAGUUCACAUUAUUUCUGUCAGCGCUUUUUAACUGGUUUCCCGUCAGGACCUAGAUUUGAACUGAAAAUGAAUAAACAAAGCUACUACUAAUGUUUAUCGUACAAAAAUAUCCUCAAAAAUGAACAUCGAAACUCUUACCAAGAACUGCAUAAACCCAAGAUUACCCAUAUUUUGAUAUAUCUUUUUUUACAUCGUAUAGUUUUGUUCAUGGUUAGUUUACUGUUUGUCAAUUUUGGCAAGCUUCUACCAGGUUAUGGUUGAAUCUGCAGGUAAAUUGGCACGUACGUCAAAUAUGUCAUAGUAUUCAUAUUCAAUUUAUAUAAACUUAUAUAUCAAACAAAGGAGGUGGUGUGUAACAAGCGGUGACUCAAGCCAAGAGCCUUUAGAAGAGAAAGCCACGUUAGCUUCCCGUGGGAUGCCUUAAAUUUGUAUACUUUGUUUUAAUCAAAAAUUUGAUUUUUUUUCUGUGUGCAGUUGUUUAUGGAGUAGAUCCCAUUUAUUUAUUAGUUGCAUGUAUUUAUUCUUUAUUUAAACUAACCUCUUUAGUGUUUUGUGAACAAACGACAAAUGGUUCAGUGGGGUUUCAGGAAAGACAUUUGUUGCUGCUGUAUUUGUGCCAACGUGUAUUUUUGUACAAUUUUAACAUAGAACACAAAAUCAAUGGAAGAUUAUUCAAAAGAGAGAGUAAAUAACACUAAUGUUUAAUGGAGACGGUAAAGACAUAAUUUAAUGAAAUGAGGUAUAGCAGAUUUGACGAAUCACAUCUAAGUGAUACUCCACCCAAAAAUGAAAAUUCUGUCAUCAUUUACUCAACCUCAAGUUGUUCCAAACCUGCAUACGUUUCUUUGGUUGGUUGAACACAAAUAAAGACAUUUGGAAGAAUGUUAGCAACUGACAGUUCUGAGGCACCAUUGACUACCAUAGUAGAAAAAAUAUAUCAUUUUUAAGAUAUUGUGAGCAAUUUAGGAAAACAAAUAGUUCUGAGGCAUCUUUGACUACCGUUUAUAUUUUGUUACACUAUGGUAGUCAAUGAUGUCCCAGAACUGUCAGUUGCUAACAUUUUUCCAAAUAUCUUUCUUUGUAUGAAAACAGAACUAAGAAAUGUAUACAGAUUUGGAACAACUUCAUAAUUAAGUUCAUUAAGUCAAUCACGACAGAAAUUUUUCUUUUUUGGUUGAACUAUCCCUUAACCCAAACCGAAUCUAUUUCUUUAUUUUGAACAUGUACACAGUCAGAUCGCUUUAUUUUCAUACAGCAAUCUAGCUGGCUCCCAACUCAAAACGUUGUAAAUGAUGUUUUCUGUCUUCCUGAAUCUACUCCACUUGUCUUGUACUGUACAGAAUGGUUGAAUGGCUGCUGUUGUGUGCAUGGAGUAUAGUGCUUAGCAUUAUGUAGCAGUGUAUUUUUAUGAUACGCACCUGCAGUUUCAAUGUACCGAUCGAAUGUUUGACGAAAAGGUUCUCGUGCAGAUUUGAUGCCUCCAGAAAGUCAGAUUGUAGAUUCUAUUGCUUUCAGUUGAAAUUUGUUGUUAUUGCCGAAGAAGUUAGACUGAGUUCGUUAGAAUCGGUUUGUUUGUCAGAAUUUCUUCAAGAUUAAAAGCCUUUGAUACACACUCCUAGAAUUUUCCUUUUAAUCCCAGUCUAGGCGAUUUUCUGCCCCCUGCUGCUGGACAUUUGCCAUUGCAUUGCAUAGAAGGUUGGAGUUGCGGAAGUGCUCAUGCUUGACACUCUUGCAGGGCCCAUAUUUUCUGCACAUGUAGGCCCAUAGAAUCACUCCCAAUCACUGAUGUGUCUGAAUGUGUCAUUUAGAGGCCAGGUGGUCCACAGGUCACUUUUGUUUAUGUUAGCUUAAUGGUUGAAGUUUGUUUUGUUGUAAGCAUUCAUUUUUGGUCAAGAGAGUUUAUGACCCCUACAAGUUUAUUGGGGGAAUUAAUGUGAUUGUCCCUGCUUCAGCUCAUGUUUAGUGUUUUGUCUAUGUACAGGCAUUUGUGCUGGAUAUUAUACCCUCUCUCUCUCUCUCUCUCCAGUGUAGUGUUAUAUAAAUGUGAACAGCUUCCCGGCAGUGAAUAAUCUGUUUUCUGCCUGUUUUUUGAGCGCCACUGGGAGAAAUGACCUCUGUCUGUCACUGUUUGUCUACAUAUCUCUGUUAUACUGUGUACGUGUCACUUCCUGUCAGUGUGCUGUUGGUGUUUUUACAAAGUUAUGCACUGCAUGGUGUUGUUGUUCUGAUUUGCACUUUCAUUUGUAUUGUUAAAAAAUAAAGGGAAAAUAAAGAGGUA